AUGAUUCUUCAACAUUAUCCAUUACUUUCAGCUCAACUUGAUAACAAUGAGCAAGUUGCAUUUCAUGAUUGUUCAAUUCAAUCAAUAUAUUCAUUUAAUGAUAUCACAGAAUUAAUUAAUAAUGAAAAUGAUCAUGAAAAAUAUUUUAUUGAAGAACGACAAAUGAAAACUCUAUGUGUUACAAUAACUUUUAUUAUUCCUAUAGUUCAACUUUUUCUUGGAUUUAAAUAUCUUGCUCAAAUUGGAGACAAUCCUAACCAACAAUGUCAAGCAGCAUCUGAUUUAUCAUUAUUUAUGUGUAUUGGUGGUGUAUUUGCACUUUUUGUCUUAGGUACAACUUAUGUUUUUUUAAAAAUAAUUUCUUCACUUAAUAAAUACCAAAGUGACGUUCCUACAAAAACAUCAAAAAUUCUUGUUCGCCUUGUUAGUUUUACUUUUGUUGCAAUUACAUUGAUUUUCUUUAUUCUCAUACAAAUUCGAGUUUACGCAGUCUAUUCAAAAGCUACUCAAAUUAAUAGUAAUUCAGAAUCAAAUUAUUGUCAACUGAUAGUCACACGUGGUGCUUUGGCUAUGAUUAUUCUUACAUAUGUCAAUAUGUUUCUAUUUAUUACUAUUAUUGUAUUUAUGAUUGUCAAUAUACGAAAUAAACUAGAAGAAACAAAGCAAGCAGAUACUGAAGCGUUGCUGGAUUAUAUCGAUGGAACAUUUUAA